UCAAAGCUCAAAGUAAGUUUAUUAUGAAAGUACACACAUAGCACCAUACACCAGCCUGACGUCCAUUUUCUUGCGAGCACACAUGGGUAAAUGGGAUUAGGGUAGAUCCGCAAAAAGGUCAGCAUCACUGUGACGGGCCGAAGGGCCUGUUUCUGCGGUGCACGACUGUGAUUCAGUAGCAGUUUAUGUUCGACUCUGCCCUGUCACCAUGGCCCAGACUUUGUUUCCCUCUUCUCAGCUCACAGAGUCUCCGAUUUCGCAUCAGCAGCCAGUUUCGGGAUUUCAGCCCUGCCUACCCACACGGGACAGAUCGAUUAGGAACAGUUGUGUUCCCCACUCCCCGUGGAGCCCUGAGUUCACCUCUGGCCCAGCAGCCAGGGAAGAUCCCAGUAAGCUCCCGCAGACCGAACACUUGAAGCAGAGUUUUCUUAACUGACCCCGGCAAACCAUCCCAACCCACCGCGCGGUUCAGUACGAGCGACAGAGCUGGGGUGGAAUUAUUAUUCCAGUUCUGAAAGUGAGGACAUUUAAGCCUGAGAGAGGUGUGGAGAGAGCGAGUUUGCGGUUGUCCACGGACCUCAGUGUGUGGACAGAGGAGGUUACAGUCCCCUCUUUCUCUGGCUCCUGUAUCACCAGCGGCAGGGGUGAAGGCGCUCGAAUCCCCGCCUCUCCCAGGGACUAGCAGGGUUGGGCGCUGUCUUGAGAAUCUCCAUUGUCGGACCCGCAGUGACUGGCUGUGAACGAGUUAACGCACGGAACGAGGAGGGGCUGAAGGAACGGAGCGAGCCGGGCCCAUACAAGGACAAACGGGCGGAGCGAGGGUGGUGACCCCCAUUCUCAGCCUGGGUACGCACUGGGCCGCUGGCAGAUGUUACUCUAAAGCGGCGCUGGUCAGUGUCCGGCGGUCGCUGGGGGGAAAGAGCGAGGAGGAGAAAAGGACAAAAGCCGAGGACAGACCGUUAUAGGGAGAGGGAGGAGAAAGAGGGGAGGAGGGAGAGAAAGAGAAGGGAAGCACGAGGGAAAGGACGGAGGACAGGGUGGAGGAGAGAGCUCUCCAGCAUCCGCUGUCACCAGACCGGCUGCCGUUCUGCGUUCCCGAAGCAGCGGGACUCUCGGAUGCCGGGCACUCGGGAUCUGCAUCAGCAUGACAAGUGAUCCCCGACCGUGAGUCCGGACAAGGAGCCGGAGCCGUCCACCGCUUAUGGAGUGGUCCUGCAGAGAGGGUUGCCAGGUUUGGCUCCGGGUGACCAAUCAGCUGUUGCCCAGCCGGGUUACGAGCAUCUCUGAUGGCAUUGUUCACUUCACCACAGACUAUGGAGAGGAAUUCUCCCUGAAGGCCGCUGUUGCCCUGGAGCUUGCCACGCCGAUGCACCAGACCAGUGUUGAUGGGACGGACGACAUGUCGAACCUCGCUGACCUGCACGAGUCCAGCAUUCUCUACAACCUCUUCCUGAGAUACGGGCAGGAUAAGAUCUACACGAACAUUGGCUCGAUCCUCACAGCAGUGAACCCCUACAAGCACAUCGAGAGUCUGUACAGUGCCAGCAUGGUCAAGCUGUACAGUGGGCACCAACUUGGAGAGCUCCCGCCCCACAUCUUCGCCAUUGCUAACGAGUGCUACAGGUGCCUGUGGAAGCGAGGGGACAGCCAGUGCGUGCUUAUCAGUGGGGAGACGGGAGCAGGCAAGACGGAGAACACCAAGCUGCUGCUUCAGUUUCUGUCGGUCAUGAGCCAGAAGUCCCUCGGAGCCUCAGCCCACGAGAAGAGCACACACGUGGAACAGGCCAUUCUGGAGAGCAGCCCAGUGAUGGAAGCCUUCGGGAAUGCCAAGACUGUUUACAACAACAAUUCCAGUCGAUUUGGGAAGUUUAUCCAACUUCACUUCUCUGAGAAUGGGAAUAUUCAAGGAGGAAGCAUUGUCGACUAUCUGCUGGAAAAGAACCGAGUGGUGAGACAGAACCCAGCCGAGAGGAACUUCCACAUCUUCUACGCGCUGCUGGCUGGGAUGGAGCCUCAGCAGAAAGAGGAGCUGGGGUUGGCUGGGACUGUGGAAUUCCGAUACCUCCAGCAAUCGGACGGAGCACCGGCGGAGAGUCGGGAGGACAAGCUACUGUUUGAGAAAGUGAUGGGAGCUCUGCUGGUGUUGGGCUUCAGAGCUGAGGGCGUGAAGGAUGUACUGAAGCUCCUGUCGGCCAUUCUGCAGCUCGGAAACAUCGGGUUCAUCACUGCUGGGGGUGCCCAGAUAGUCAACAAGGAAGUGCUGACCGCUGUCAGUGACCUUUUGGGAUUGGAUGCUGACCAGUUAGCCGAAGUCCUGACACACCGUUCGAUGAUCCUGAGGGGCGAGGAGAUUAGCACACCUCUGACCACAGAGCAGGCUGCGGAUUCCCGGGAUUCCCUCUCCAUGGCUCUCUACUCCCAGUGCUUCUCCUGGAUCAUCAGGAAGAUCAACAAUAAAAUCAGAGGGAAGGACAACUUCAGAUCCAUCGGCAUCCUCGACAUCUUUGGCUUCGAGAACUUUGAGAUCAAUCGAUUUGAACAGUUCAACAUCAACUUUGCGAAUGAAAAGCUGCAGGAAUAUUUCAACAAGCACAUUUUCUCUCUGGAACAGCUGGAGUACAACAGGGAAGGAUUGAGCUGGGAAGCCAUUGACUGGAUGGAUAACGCUGAGUGCUUGGACCUGAUUGAAAAGAAGUUGGGGCUUCUGUCUUUGAUCAACGAGGAGAGUCGUUUUCCAAAGGGCACCGACGUCACUCUGCUGGAGAAACUGCACGGCCAGCACGCGAGUAACCCCUUCUACGUGAAGCCGCGGGUGAGCGACUGUCAGUAUGGGAUCAGACAUUACGCUGGGGAGGUCAUGUACGAUGUACACGGAUUUUUGGAGAAAAACAGAGACACGUUUAGAGAUGAUAUUCUGAACCUUUUAAAGGAUAGCAGUUUGGACUUUAUCUAUGACUUGUUUGAGCAAGUUUAUAGCUGGAACAACAGUGACGGUACGCUGAAGAUGGGAACCCAGAGGAGGAAGCCCACAGUCAGCUCUCAGUUCCGGGACUCUCUGCACUCACUGAUGGCAACGCUCAGCCUCUCCAACCCCUUCUUCAUCCGUUGCAUCAAACCCAACACGCACAAGGUAGCGGCGAGGUUUGAUGAGGGAGUCGUUCUGAAUCAGCUCCGUUAUUCUGGAAUGUUAGAAACGGUGAAAAUCCGGCGAGCAGGAUUCCCAGUCCGACGGCCGUUCCCGGAGUUCUAUGUGAGGUACAAGAUGCUGCUGAAAAGCCAGGAGGUUCCUGAGGACUGGAAGUCACGGUGUCUUGCUCUUCUCACUCGGUGUGGCGGCUGUGAGUCCCUCUGGCGGAUGGGCAAGACCAAGGUGUUUCUAAAGGAAGCCCUGGAACAGCAGCUGGAGAAGGACCGAAUAGCAGAGCGAAACCGAGCAGUUGUGAUCCUGCAGGCAAACGUCCGGGGCUACCGUGCAAGGAUGCGCUAUCGGACGGUCCUCACCAGUCUGCUGGUGAUUCAGAAGAACCUCCGUGCCCACUUCUGGAGACGGCAGUUUGUGCGCCUGCGCUGGGCGGCCCUGGUGCUGCAGAGUCACCGGAGGGGGCAGCUCGCCCGGCGGCUGGCCCGGCACCUCCUGGAGCAGCGCAGGGUGGAGGAGGAGGCCCAGAGGGCGGAGGAGGCGCGGAGGAUCGAGGAGGAGAAACGCAGGCACGAGGAGAUGCAGAGGCUUGAGGAGGAGCGGAGGGCUCAGGAGGGGCAGAGGGAGUGCCCACUCGAGGACGAGGGGCUGCGGAUUGACAAUAGGAACAGCCAGCUGACACCCUCGGAGGGACGACUGUCCUCCAAGCAGGGCAGGCAGGAGUCCCAGCUGGGUUGGGGGCUGGUUGAUUUGGCAGCGGCAGAAAGCCGUCAGAUGGAGGAGAUAGUCCGGCUGGAGAACGAGAUCCAGAGGUUGCAGAGCCAGCAGGGAUCAAGCUGUGAGAGGGUGAAUGGCACGUCCCAGAGCGAGGAAGACAGCCAACGCCAGGAAGAGAUCCUUCACCUGAAGAGUGAAUCCUCCCGAGUGACCCAGGAAUUCCUGGAUUUGCUGGACUUUGGAGGGCUGGAUGAGAAUGGGCUGCCUGGUGAGGCCGGAGGCCUGGACGCCGGCUCCACGGUACAAGAGGGCCAGGCCAGGCCGGCGGUCACUCCGUCCGGCACAGGCGCCAGCGGCCCCCAGCACGGUGUGCACGCCGAGCUUCCAGUGCCCGGCAGGAGUGAGCUGGGACCCGGCUCCGCAGAGCGGGGGCAGGCAGGGGGCUGGUCAGAUGGGGAGGAGGUCUACAACACCGUGCUGGGGUCCCCCGACACCCACAUAGACGAGGAGCCGAUCUACAGCCUGCCCCCCGACGUGGAGUCUGACUAUGACCACGACGAAAUGGAGGAGGUGGCGGUGGGAGAGGGAGCCGACAGCCAGGAGGGCCUGAAACCAUCGCAGAGCGUGGAGACCUACUCGCAAGGGUCCGGUUUGGCGGUGGACAGUGAGGAGGAGCUCGACCCGCAGGCGGACACCGAGGAGCUGAGCGCGCACCGAAGAGCGAAGCACCUCAUCUCCGGGAACCCCUACUUCCACAGUUACCUGUACAUGAAAUGUGGGCUGAUGAACCCGUGGAGGAGGCGGUGGUUCGUGCUGAAGGACGGCACGCUGAUGUGGUUCCGGGCCAAACAGGAGGCACUCAAGUCGGGCUGGCUCUACAAGAAAGGAGGGGGCCUCUCCACCCUAUCCCGCCGCAACUGGAAACGCCGCUGGUUCGUACUGCGGGGCGGCCGGCUCCUCUACUUCGACAACGAUGCCGAGGACCGGCUGAGGGGCAGCGUCGACGUCCGAGGAGCAAGAGCUAUUGUGGACAACGUUGAGAAGGAGAACGCUCUGGAUGUGGUGACGAGCGAGCGAACCUAUCACAUUGUGGCAGAGUCACCCGAGGACGCCAGUGACUGGUUCCGUGUGCUGAGCGGAGUUCACAGUGCGACACAACAGGAGCUGAGAGAGAUGCGGCACGAACUCGCCAACCCAAAGAAUGCCAUGGGCACCGUGGAUGUGGGGCUCAUCGAUUCUACCUGCGCAUCUGAUAACCCUGACAGACCAAACUCUUUCCUGAUCAUCACGGCCAACCGGGCAAUCCACUGCAAUGCCGACAACCCCGAGCUGAUGCAUCACUGGAUCACGCUUCUCCAGAGACCCAAGGGCUACGGCAGCGGAGGAGACAUCAUCGUCCGCGGCUGGCUAUACAAGGAGGUGACCAGUCUGGGGCGUGUGGCUUCACUGAAACUCCGGAAGCGCUGGUUCCUGCUCACCAACAACUCCCUGGAUUACUACAAAUCCCCGGAACACUAUGGCUCCAAACUGGGAACGCUGGUCCUCAACAGCCUCUGCUCCGUCAUCCUGCUCGGAGAUGACAGCACCUUGCGAGAGACAGGUUACUGGCACCUAGUUGUCCAUGGCAGGAAGCACACCUAUCGACUUUAUACAAAGCUACAGAACGAGGCCACGUGCUGGGCCACUGCCAUUCAGAAUGUUAUUGACAGCAAGGUUCCCAUAGAAACACCAACCCAGCAGCUGAUUCGUGAGAUCAAGGAGAACAGUGCGAACGCAGAGAUGGUGGAGCAGACGUACCGGAGGAACCCCAUCCUGAGGUACACCCACCACCCACUCCACUCACCGCUGCUGCCCCUCAUCUACGGAGACAUCAACACAGGACUGCAGAAGGACAGGGGCUACACCAGUCUGCAGGACGAGGCGGUGAGGAUAUUCCAGUCGCUGCAGGAGCUGGAAACGGUGGCCGAUCCCAUCCCCAUCAUCCAGGGAAUUCUGCAGACCUGCCAGGACCUGAAGGCUCUCCGGGACGAAGUUUAUUGUCAGCUCAUCAAACAGACCAGCCACGUUCCACAGCCCAACCGUCCGGGGAACCUGCACCUCUUCCAGCUGCUCGUCUGCAUGGGCUGUACCUUCCUGCCGGGGCGCGCCACCCUCCACUACCUCCGCUUCCACCUCAGGAGGGUGAAGGAGCUGUUUGCUGGCACCGAGAUCCACAAGUACGCCCACUUCAUCCUGGAGUCGUUGAAGAAGACCAGGCUCCGAGAGUUUGUGCCGUCUCAGGCUGAGAUCCAAGCCCUGGUCAGCUGCCGCGAGAUGUCAACUACGGUGUACUGCCAUGGUGGGGGCUCCUGCCAAAUCAUCAUCGACUCCCACACCACCGCGGGCGAGGUGGUGGAGAAGUUGCUGCGCGGUCUGGCGAUGGAGGACAGCCGGAACAUGUUCGCCCUGUUUGAGCACCAGAACGCUGGGGACAGGGCCAUUGAGAGCCGCGUGGUGGUCGCCGACGUCUUGGCCAAGUUCGAGAGGCUGAUGGGCAAAGAGGACCAGGAGCAAAGCCCCUGGUGUCUCUACUUCAAGCUUUACUGUUUCCUGGACGUGGCGAGCGUCUCUCGGCACGGGCUGGAGUUCGUGUUCAUGUUUGAGCAGGCACAUGAAUGUUUAGUCAGUGGACAUUUCCCUGCCCCAGAAGAUACCCUACAGCUUCUAGCUGCCCUGAGGCUACAGUAUAUCCACGGAGACUACACAAAGGUCUCCCUGAACCUCCAGGAAGUCUACCCUGUCUCCAGGUUGAGGACCAAGAUUUUCCAAGCCACUAAGUCCAAUUCACAGACACUGGAGAAGAGAAGGACAAGUUUCCUGGAAGGAACUUUGCGCCUCAGUCUCCGCACAGGCUCGAUGAGGAAGCAGAAGAUAGAGGAGGAACAGAUGUUGGAGAUGUGGAUGAAGGAAGAGAUGUCGGCCACGCGGGCCGGCAUUGUGGACAAGUGGCUGAAGCUCCAGGGCAUGGCACAAGAGCAAGCCAUGAUGACGUACAUGGACAUCAUGAUGGAGUGGCCUGGUUAUGGCUCCACACUCUUCGAUGUUGAGUGCAAGGAGGGUGGAUUCCCCAGCGACCUCUGGCUGGGCGUCAGUGCUGAGAACAUUUCCAUCUACAAGCGGGGAGAUGCCAGGCCACUGGAGAGAUUCCGGUUCGAGGAAAUUGCAGCCUUUGGAGCCCCGCUGCCCAACACCUACCGGCUGACGGUGGGGAACCGGGAGAUGUUCUUUGAAACCGUGCAGGUGGCUGAGAUCACCAAGAUAGUGAAGGCCCACAUCAGCAGCAUCGUGACGCGGAGGUACAGCUCGCAGGCAGCGGCCAUCGCCCGCAGAGACACCAGUGCCCAGACCAGAUGAAUGGAACAUCACCACCUUCACCUCAAGCACCACCUCCCCUGUGCUGCAAUGACCGAGUGCUCUCCAAUCGUGGUCAAGGGCUCACUGAGUCCACCAACCAUGUGGCUCAAUGGACUCUUCCUGUGCACUAUGCCAGGGCUGUAGUUCUACUCCUGAACUGGGGUGGCGCUGUCUGCAGUAGGGGUGGUGGAACUGCAACACUGCCACUGGGAUCUCCAGCCAGUGGGAGCCUGAAGUCUGGGUGCACUGGAACAUUGCUGACUGGUUAUGAUCCCUCCAGCUGGUUAACACAGUCUGGUUGGCUAUGACCAUGUGAAGUUGGAGUUACUGGGGGACCAACGGCCAGGGUGUAAUGUCAGAUUCCUGUGAAGAUGGGUUGACCAAUAAGUCGGGCAGUUGGGUGGUCCAGAGGUCUUCCAGUGUGCGUGGGGGAAGGAGGAGAUGGGCACAGCUCAACUGUCCCCAUCUUUGCCAUCUCAGAACCCCCAACCCCAGCACAAAGUGGUGUUGCCGACGGAAAAUGUAGUACAAGCAGAAGGGGCCGAAUGGCAGCCUGCCCUCCUUCACUGUAUGACUCACCACCCUUAUUAACCACUUCACCCUCACACCCACUGUCCUGACUCCUCUCUGAAUCCCCGUCCUCUGCUUCCUAUGUGUUUUUAUAAACCAAUGUAUUAUUUAAUAUCUAUACAGAGAUCAAUGGAGAUGGAGUAAUUGUUCAUCAUGUAAUGACCAAAUAUUCAGAAUGAGAAUUUUAUAAAGGAGCUUUUCCACUCUGAAAUACAGA